UGGGGUUCUGGGCCUUGCGCGAUAUAACGGGGCCGGAACGGGGGAGGGAGGCGCUGGCGUUUCAUGGUAGGAGCGAGCGGGCGGAAAGGAGCGGUGCGGUGCCGGGUGGCGCCUUCCGCUCCCAGCGCGGGAAGGAGGUGACGGCGAGCGCGAGGGAGCGCAAUGCUGCUCUUUCUCCCCGGUUCUCUCAGUGUCGCUCCGGAAAAUAUGUCGGAAGGAGUGGACCUCAUAGACAUCUACGCCGACGAAGAGUUCAACCAGGACUCUGAGUUUAGUAAUGCUGACCAGAUGGAUCUGUAUGAUGAUGUGCUAGCUGCCAGCUCACAACCGUCUGAAAGUUGCACUAGCAGCUCUGAGCCGCCACCUGAAAGCCGCCAAGAGCAGUCUCCUAAGCCGAACAACAAAUCACCUGCUAUCUUGUAUACCUACAGUGGACUGCGUAAUAAGAGAGCUGCUGUUUAUGUGGGAAGUUUCUCUUGGUGGACAACUGACCAGCAGUUGACCCGAAUAAUACGUUCAGUGGGUGUUUAUGAUGUAGUGGAGCUCAAGUUUGCUGAGAAUAGAGCCAAUGGCCAGUCCAAAGGGUAUGCAGAAGUUGUGGUUGCCUCUGAAAACUCUGUCCACAAACUUCUGGAGCUGCUACCAGGAAAAAUUCUCAAUGGAGAUAAGGUGGAAGUGAAGUUGGCCACCCGGCAGAACCUUGCACAGUUUGAAGCACAGGCUCGAAAACGUGUGCCUCCGAGGGCUCACUCAAGGGAUUCCUCAGACUCAGUAGAUGGCCGAGCCACUCCAACAGAGAAUGCAGUGCCACCACCACGCAUUGAGAAGCCUCCUUCUGUUUUGCCUUUCUUCAACCGCCCUCCUUCUGCUCUCCCUCUUAUGGGGCUACCACCUCCACCAAUACCACCACCUCCUCCACUUUCCUCAAGUUUUGGGGUUCCACCUCCCCCACCAGGCAUCCACUAUCAACACCUAAUGCCCCCUCCCCCUCGGCUUCCUCCCCACCUAACUGUUCCGCCUCCUGGAGCAGUGCCACCUGCUCUGCACCUCAACCCAGCCUUCUUCCCCCCACCAAAUGCAGCAAUGGGCCCUCCACCAGACGCCUACAGUAAGGCCUCAGCCCCGUAUAACCACAGCAGCCGAGAGUUGGGCCCAUUGCCACCACCUGUCAGUGAAGCUGAAUUUGAAGAAAUCAUGAACCGGAACCGAGCAAUUUCCAGCAGUGCCAUUUCCAAAGCUGUGUCCGGUGCCAGUGCAGGAGAUUUUAGUGAUGCCAUUGAGACUCUGCUUACAGCCAUUGCCGUAAUCAAACAGUCUCGUGUAGCAAAUGAUGAACGCUGUAGAGUCCUUGUCUCGUCACUUAAGGAUUGUCUCCAUGGCAUUGAAGCCAAGUCCUACAGUAUGGGCAGCAGCAGCAGCAGCAGCAGUUCCUCCAGAAAAAGACACCGGUCUCGGGAUAGAUCACCUAGUCGAUCCCGUGAGAGCAGUAGGAGGCACCGAGAUGCGAUCCAUAAUGAAGAUCGGCACGAGGACUAUUUUCAGGAAAGAAGCCGGGAGCAUGAGAGACACAGAGACAGGGACAGAGAAAGAGACCGGCAUCAUUGAGAGGAGUGUGGUAGGAAUUCAGUGUUUAUAUGGACUCGUAUCUCCUCUCCUGAAGACUAAAGGAUGGAUGCUUCUCCACCCUCUUCUUCCCAACUUCCCAUUGCCCGUUCUGGACCCCUUGGAAAGAGACUUUGCCUGCAGAACUCCAUCUGGCACACUGUGGCAUAGGGACCUGAGCUCUGCCAGUAUGUGUCAUGUGCUACUGCUGCUGCUUCAUGGAGAAACACUGAAUGACUUGGAGUUUGGGAGGGGUUGUCUGAGCCACUGUGACUAGGGGGCCACUUCAAUCCAUGGAUUCUUGGACCCAAAGAGAAUGGUGCUUUCCACAGAGGUUUACCCACCUCUUUCCUUUCCAUGGCUUUCUAGGAGCACCUGGGAGGAACCCAUACAGCUUGUCUCUUGUAGAAAGAACUGUUGCUUCAGCACAGCAUGAGAUGUCUGACUGUAGUCUCACUGGAGCUUGUGUCCACAGUCCAUACUGCAUUGUCUUCUCAGGCAUCCAGCCUCCUAAAGUCUGAUUCUUUUUCCAAAGCAGCUUCAGUCUUGCCUCUCUGGUAUCAUUGUACACAGCUUAGAAAGCAGUAUUUUUUUUAAUGCAGUGAGAGGGCAGGCUGGCUAUUGCUUCCAGUCAGCCAUCUUUUGUUUCUCUUCUCUAUUUCUCUCUCCCAGUCCAACAUAAAUUCCUGAAAUCUACCAUCUCCAUUCUGCUUGUCUUUUUCUAGAGAGGCCUGUAUUGGUCAUUGUGUCCCAAUAGGGAGUCUCCCUUAAGAAACUGUUCUGGCUUGGCUAUUCCAGGUACUCUUUCCACAGGUGAUGCAUAUUGCUUACAGUUUCCUUGCUUUGUUUCAUGCAAAUAUCUGCUUCAGUUGUAACUUCUUGCAUAAACCUUUGCUUCCGGGGCAGCCCUCCUAGAGUGCUACCUUCCUUGUUGUAAAGGAAGUGUUGUAGGCAGAGACCAGAUUGAUGAAAUGGCAUGGAAUGGGGGCAAGUCAGACUGAGGCUAGCUUGAGGUUACAGAAUGCAGUUCACUCUGAGCAUUUUUAAGUUCUGUGUGAUUUAUGUGUCGGUUCAAGAUCUAGAACUUUCCUUGCCCCCAGUCUAAUUUUGAAAAAAAAGCUCAUGUGAGAGAGAUUCACUCAUGAGUUUGCUUCAGAUGGCACCUACUUUGCUGAUCUGCAGCAUACCAUUCUAAGGAAAUGCUUGGAGGUAGUGGAAAAUUUCUGCUUGUUCACACCAUGUAUACUGUGUUACGUAAACAAAAAUAAGGUUUCCGGAGCCUCUCAGUCUUUAAGCUGGCAACCCUUUCAGGCCAGAAGCAUCAAAAUCUGCUUAGGAAUGUUAUGGAACAGAAGUAACUGUAGAAUUAAUUUGUUAUCUUUGAGAUGUAACCCCUUGGAAUACAGGUUUUGAUGCUCUGACUUAGUCGGAGUUCUUCAGUUUCUUAAAAUCAAGAUAACGUGUCUCGUCUUGGAAUAUGUAAUCUCCAGCACCUGGAUCUCUGUAAAAAGGCCAAGUAUCUAUUGCAUUUGUGAACACUUCAUGUGACUGACCAGCUGCAUGGUGAAGCUGCCCCAUGUAGGAGGAUCCUGCCUGGUCACACUGAAACAGUUGUGAGGCCUAAAGAAGAUGAAUGAUGCCUGACAAAGAAUGUCACCUCCUUUUGUACUGUUGGUCUGAGAGGUGCUCAACUCAAAAUGUUUUUUAAGGAAAACAAAGUUAUGUAAACUAAAAUGGGAUGACAGCUUAAACUGUAAUGUAUCAAAUACAAAACAUUUGAUUGGAAGAGUUGUUUUUUAAAUAAUAGGACAUUUUAGUUUGUUUUGAAAUAAUGGAAGUAAAAAGGAGAAAAGAAAAACCAACAACAGAAACUUAGCAUUGGUUCCCCUUGACUCACCCACCCUGUUCUUCGUGAUUUGAUUUGUUUGUCUUUUUCUGAUAGGUUGGAAAUUGUGUAAUAAACUUGAUGAUAUUGUCAAUCUUUUAUACUG